GCUGGGCCUGUGGCGCGGCGCCUCCCUCCGCCAUGGACGCCCUCCGGAAGAAGCUGGUGGUGGUGGGAGCCGGCGCCUGCGGCAAGACGAGCCUGCUGGUGGUGUUCAGCCGCGACCACUUCCCGGAGGAGUACGUGCCCACGGUGUUCGAGAACUACGUGGCCGACGUGGAGGUGGACGGCCGGCGGGUGGAGCUGGCGCUGUGGGACACGGCCGGCCAGGAGGAGCACGACCGCCUGCGGCCGCUGUCCUACCCGGACACCGACGUCGUGCUCCUGUGCUUCGCCAUCAGCAGCCCGGACAGCCUGGAGAACGUGCCGGCCAAGUGGGCCCCGGAGGUCCGGCACUUCUGCCCCGGCGUGCCCCUCGUCCUGGUGGGGAACAAGAAGGACCUGCGGAACGACGCGGGCACCAGGCAGGCGCUGGCGGCCUGGAAGCAGGAGCCCGUGCGGCCUGAGGCAGGCAGGGACGUGGCCAGCAGGAUUGGCGCCUUCGGCUACCUGGAGUGUUCGGCGAAGACCAAAGAGGGCGUGAGGGAGGUGUUUGAGAUGGCCACGAGGGCUGCUCUGCACGCCAGACGCGGCAAGAAGAGGUGGGGCUGCCUGGUCCUGUGAAACCUUGCGGCUCGGUGCGAGUGGCGUGUUCGCUGGGCUUCCUGUCUGCUUAUUGGCGUUUUUUUUUUUUUUUUUUCAUUUAUCAGUAGUUUACCAAAGACUGCAAACCAGAAGUCACCUUGCUACAGCGUUUAUUAGUCAACCAUGGUCAAUGACAUCCAACUCGGCCACCACCCCCCCCCCCACUGCCCUGUACCCUAACCCUGCCUGACACAGCAGGUGCUGUGAAUUUCUUCACUUCUUGCUUCUUUCUUGAAAGGGAAAGCAGGUGUCUCUUGUGAAUCAGGUUGGAACUACUUUAAAACCAGCAUCCCACCUGGCAGCUGCAGGGUACUCUGAUGUGUUACCACUGUGGAGCUUUGCUCCUUAGCAGAUCUCAUUGGUGUACCUCUGGGUAUCCAGUUUGUUUCAAAAAAAGGGGGGGGAGGGGGGCUCAACCAGCAAGACCCAAGUCCAUGCGGCUGUGGCAGAGUUACAGCUCUGUGGUUUCAGGUUUGUUACCUUAUGGUUCCUGUGUAAGUAGUGCCACUUAAUGUAUGUUACCAAAAAUAAAUAUAUCUACCCCAGGCUAAAUGUGGUUUUGGUAU